AUGACUGCAUUAUUUGAUGUGUUUGGCUGGAAGCAACGUACGCAUUUCAUCGAGCAAGUGAUGGCGAGCUUCUUGACGGCGUUCGACGCGCAACUGGCCAACUACUUGAAGCAGCUGGAGGAGCUGCAGGAAAAGAACCAGAAGCAGCACCUCUUCCAGCCCUCGUUCUGGCUGCAGCAGACGGACUUUGACGUCGCGAGAGAGGUCUUCGUUGCGGCUACUGGAUCCAUCGGUCACACAGUGACCAAGUUUUCGCUUGUGUACAGCAAGACACCGAGCAAGGAGGAAGCUGCCAGCAUCUGCGAGGCGCUGGGCAAGCCCUGCGAGCAGCUACUCGCUGCCACAAACGUUGCGCUAUUCUGUGGCGCCGGACCAUCGCUCGCUACGGAAAUUAUCAACGAUGCAAUUCGUCUGAUUAAAAGCGUGCACGAUCUUGUGAAGACCAUUGAGAAGGGAGACCUGACCCGCGUGCCACAGCUAACGGGUCGUGUAUGGGAGUACUCUACGUCACGUGUGUCCAAGUCUAAUUGCGUGGCAUCGAAGCGCAGCAUGCUGCAGUGCAUUACGAUGCUGAACUCGACGGUCAACGAGCUUCAGGAGUUCCUUGCUGAGCAAGAGGAAGGUGACAGCCAAUCUGCGGCUUUGGACGAGGUGGAGCAGGACGACGAAUUUGGCUUCGACUCGAGCUUGACCGAGGAGGAGCGUACUCUAUUCCAGAGUGGGCUCAAGCUGCUAUCGAUGUGCGCAGCCAUCAUGAAGCGUGGCGUGUUGACUAUCAAGAAGCUGACGAUUACGAACGACCAAGACGCGUUCCUUAAGUGGACAGCCCAGCUGGACGUGAGUUACACAGCAGCGCAGGAUGCGAUCGUGGACUUCGGUGCGGCACUGUACCCGCCGAUCGGAACUGAUGAGCUGGCUGAGGCUGUGAACGAACUGGAUUCCUCAGCGACGGCCAUUCUGGCGUGCCUGAAGGAGAUGCCGGAGUUGGCCUCUGCAGAGGAGGACGCCUUGGGUGUCGGCGAGUCAGCCUUCGCCAAGCAGCUCGCCACCGUGAAGAGCCAAAUAGAGGCAUCUCAGUAA